AUGUACUACAUCCGCCUCCUGCGUCCGGCGAAACUCGACCCGUCGUCGCCAGACCGCCGGAACCCUCCGUCCCCAUGCCUCUCCCUCCUCAUCACCAUAACCACAGACCUGGGCGACGCAUUCCUGUGCCCGCCGGACGACGAGCCGUUCGAGCUGGUCGUCGCAGUGCAGGGUCGUCGUGAUCCGUCUCUGCUGCAUCAUGGUUCAGACGAAUGUCAAGAGCAAGACGGGGGCGGAAGCCAAACAGAUGAAAGCCAUGGCCCCACCUCACUGCUGCUCGAGCCAGAGCGGCGGUACACAUGGCGCGCCGGCAUGCGCGUAUUGGAUUUGAAGCUUCGGCUACAGCCGUAUCUGCUCAAGAGGAAAGAAGACCUCAAUUGCACCGUCAGCAUCCAUCCCGCGGCGCAAAAACCGCCGCUGGGCGAUUUGCACACGGCCGACUUGGUACCUAGGCAGAGUACGGAUGUGACAAGGACGAAUUUUACUGCAAACAAAAGUCGCGGGGUCGUCGUGCCGGCGAACGUAGAGAUCGUGAACGGCAUCUGCGCGCCUGUGUCGAAACGGCGGCUGCGGUUGGGCGAAGACGUGGCCCUCGAGUUCGGUGAGGACAUCGGCGAGAGCAUUGCGCGGCACGUCUGGGAUGCUGGGGUGGUGGCCGCUGCGCUCCUGGGGUACACCUGUCGAUCGCGGGACGCCGAGAGCAGCAUUAUACAUCAUAUCCUUGCCAGGGCGGCAGAAAGAGAAAUGAAGGACGAUAAAUUCAACGUCCUCGAGCUCGGCACCGGUGUCGGUAUCCUGGGCCUCAGCAUCGCAGCCAUACUCCCUUUUGCGUUCGCCACGCAAAAAAUGCCGCUGCGGCUUUGGCCAGCCGCUACCGUUCUGCUCACAGAUCUUCCCGAGGCGGAGGAGCGCGCACGCGCAAAUAUCGCUAGCGCACGGGAUACGAUCUCGUCGCUUUCAUGGUACAGGCAGCGCGUAGAGGACAAUACUGCGUCACCACCACCACCACCACCGGUGCCGCGGAUCGAGUACGAGAACCUCGACUGGGACGAGGGGAGCCAUGGCCGCUUCGGCCCGCUGACGAGGUCGACGGCCUGGGAUCUUGUGGUGCUCAGCGAUUGCACUUACAAUGUCGACUCGCUGCCGGCGCUCGUGGGGACGCUCAGUGCGCUGCAUACUGUCAAUGAGAACCUUCGACCUGCUCGGGAGAGAAAGACCGAAGAGAUAGAGGAGAGUGGACAGAAGGAGAGAAACAAGAAGCGGAAGCGGGGCAGCAUCGGUGGUGGUGAUGGAGUUUCUAUUAAGUCGACGGUCCUCCUCGCAACCAAGCCGAGGCACGAGUCUGAGGAGGCCCUGUUCGUGCUGCUGAAGGCGGAGGGCUGGCGAUACCGUGUCCUACAAUCGGUACCAUUACUUAAGAUCGGCGAGGAGGACGAGGUUGUUGAGGUUUACAUACUAGAGAAGGGCGGGUCUGAGGGGUGA